AAUAAUAGAAGAAUCGAUUGUAAUAAUACUCCAAAUACCACCCUCUGAAGGUAAAUUCAUUCAUUUCUAUUCUUGCAGUUGAUGCUUCCUACAUAUCAACUCCUCUUAUUUGAUCAAAGACAGUUAUUUAUCAACUUUAAACAACUAUUCAAUCCUUUUAACCUCAAAGCUGACCGGAAGGGUUGUCCAAUGGGUAGUAAACACGAUAACUGGGCGCAAGAGUGAUGCCAAAUGUAGCGCAAUAACCUUUAACUUGAUUACCAAAUUCAGGAGUGAAUCUUCCACGGUUAAAAACCCAUAUCUUGCACCUGAGAGACAGACCUUGGACUGCUUCACAGCAUUCACGACUGAGGUUUACCUUCUUUUCGACCAAGGACGCAUAAACUUCAUGCAGGCAUCCAUCUGGUUUAUUAAUUUGUCCCCAACAGAGCCAUGGGUUUGGCAUGUAUCGUUCUUCCCAUCCAACAACUGAGAAAGCAGGCGUGAUAGCCAUGGCAAAUGCCAGGGUUAGGAAGAGCAUAAGGGUCUGUUGAAAAGAACCCAUCGCAAACAGACAGAGACAGGUUAGUUUCUUCUGAAGUCUUUGUUUUCUUGGAACAAGGGAAGGUUUUUAGCAAGGGUUUUGGGUUGGAAAUUUAUAGAAGUUCUUAAAUUACGGAGCUUGGAGUAACGGUGGUAUGUUGCCAAAUUAGUCAGGUUGAAGCCAUGAAUGAAGAAAAAAAUGGCAACAGCUGGAGGAGGAGGUGGAAAUGUGAAGGAGACAAGUAGCAGAGAAGGCACAGCAAAAUCAAUAGUGACUGAACAGAUUUCCCAGGCUGUACAAUCCACCUCCAAUCUCCUCCACCUCAUGCAGCAGUCUUCUCCUUCUCAGACCCAACUAAUGAAGCUUCCGAAAAAUCUUUUGGCUAAAGCCCCUACAAUCAAGAAUACUGGGCAGAUGUUAGAGCAGAUGCCUAGGGUGAUUUCAGCACUUGAUGCCCACAUUGACAGUGGAUUACAGAGUGUUCCGCAUCUGAAAACAGUAAUUCAGUUACUUGAAAAUAUGGAAAGCUGCCAUCUUAGUUCUCUGUCUCAAGCACAUUUCUCACAAGGGGAAUCUCAGCAAGCAAAUCAACAUCCCAAGGCUGGUUCACCGCCCUAAUAUUCUAGCCAUGCUACGGGGUCUCAGCCAUUAGUUUCUUUAAUCAUGUCAAACCUUCUUAACUGUAGCUACAACCAAUUCUUGAGUAGUAACUAGUACAUUAAAUAUGACUACUAGACUAGACAAUGUGUUCUAUGUACAUCAAAUGUCAUAGUAUUUCUCAUUGCUGUCUGUAUACAUUGAACAUGAUAGAGAAUGGUUCCUGUAUUGCUUUCUUCAUAGCAUUGGAAACACGUUUCAACUUUCUACCUUGUAAGGAUGGCCACAAAUUUUAAAGGGGAAAUGAGCUGUCUCAUCAUUCUUUCCAUUUU